ACCACUUUUACGGUUAUUAAUUGAUCUUUUACUUCACUUUCAGUGAGAGGAGGAGUUAACAUGUUAUUCGCGAUUAGUACUGCUGAUGCUACUACUACUACACAAUUUUUGUUAUCAACUUAACAAGCGUUUACUGUUCAAAACUUUAAACCCUCCUUUAAUUUUGGGUAAAGGAUCUCCUUCACACUUUAUAUAUAACAUGGCACACAAUCUGAAAUAUUCACCCCAAAAAACAGAAACAAACCUAAAAAAACAAAAUAUUCCCUGACUUAAACAAUGAAAAAUUACAGUUUAUUUCUUUUUACUCUCCUGCAAUUGAUCAGCUUAGUCUUGGGCUGCCAUAAUGCAGAACUAGAGGCUCUUUCCUUGCUCAAGAUGAGUUUUAGCGACCCUGCAAAUCGUCUUUCUUCAUGGACUGGCAAAGAUUGCUGUCGUUGGAAAGGAGUAAUCUGUAACAAUGUUACAGGUUACAUAGACCAUCUUGAUCUGCGGGCUAACCCAGUGUGGAAUUUCGACAAUCCACUAAGUUUGAACGCGGCACCAUAUCAGUUAGAAGCCAAAAGGCUAGGCCCUUGUUUGCUUGAAUUGAGGCACUUGAACUACUUGGAUUUGAGCGGCAAUGACUUUCAAAGAAGCCAAAUCCCAGAGUUCAUUGGCUCAUUCAAACAUCUAAGGUACCUUAACUUGUCUAUGGCAUCUUUUUGGGGGGUUAUACCUCCCCAACUCGGCAAUCUUUCAAGACUAGAGAUACUUGAUCUUGAUAGCUCAAAUCUCUAUGGACCGCCUUUCCAUAGUGAUCUUGUUUGGAUUUCUCAACUUGUGAACCUGCGGUCUUUGGACUUGAGUGGCAUCUACCUUACUCCAACGAACAAGGCUAUGGCAACUCUCGCGAGGCUUCCUUCUUUGGUGAAGUUGCGGCUUCAAGACUGUGGACUAGGUAAGGCUCACUUAAGUCAUGCUUUCCACAAUUCAACUUUGCUUUCUAGGAUACAAUUCCUUGAUCUUUCCAUGAACAUGUUAGAUAGCCCUAUCCCUCGAUUUUCAGUCAAUAUGACCUCCUUGAAAUCCCUUGACCUCUCAUUUAAUAUGUUCAAUGGCUACAUCCCUCUUUGGCUAAACAAUAUCAGAGGACUUGAAUUUCUCAGCCUCAAGGGGAAUUCGUUUAGCCACGUAGAGGGCAUGGCAAUCAUGAGAGUCAUGGGGAAUCCAUGCAAAUUCAAAGGAUUGGAUUUGUCAUGGAAUUAUGAUCUUGUAGCAGAGCUCGAAAGCCCUCCGGAAAAUUUCUCCAAAUGCACGACACAUGAUUUGGAGAUGUUGGAUUUAAGCAAUAACAAGAUCGCAGGCAAAUUGCCUUAUUGGUUGGGGUACUUGAGAAAUCUUAGACGCUUGAAUCUAGGAGGUAAUAAAUUAGUUGGAUUGAUUCCAACAUCAAUUGGAAGAUUGCCAUACUUGGAAGAGUUAAGUCUGUCUAGGAAUGGUCUCAACGGAACCAUACCGACUUCUCUUCAAGGACUUUCAUCCUUGCAAAUGCUAGACUUGUCUCACAAUUCCUUGAAUGGCAUUGUUCCAUCUUUUCUAGGACAGUUGCAUUCUCUUACCCUUUUGCAACUGUCAAACAAUCUCUUGACUGGAACCAUCCCGGAAGUCCUUGGACAGCACAAGACACUAGUGAGAAUUAGCCUCUCAUCGAAUUUUUUGGAAGGCGUAGUGUCAGACACUCACCUCACCAACCUCUCUAGUCUAAAGAGUUUAGACCUACGCUUCAACUCAUUGAUCUUGAAUCUUACUUCUGACUGGAAGCCUCCGUUUCAACUCGAUGAACUUCAGUUAAGUUGCUGUAGAAUUGAAAGCCGGAUUCCUCAAUGGAUUCAAUCACAAAAACAGCUCAUUUUCAUGGACCUUUCGAAUACAGGGAUUUCAGGGGAUUUGCCAGAAUGGUUUUGGAACAUGAAGUUUUUUGGACUAAAUUUGUCCCACAAUCAUCUUACAGGUCCAAUCACAAACUUAUCCUUUGAGCUCUCUUAUGGAGACCUUUCAUAUAACUUGUUUUCGGGGUCUCUCCCACAAGGUCAAGUGCUCGACAAUGGCCUUGUUCGAACUUCUUUGUGCCAUUUGAAGAUGCUGCAUGUGCUGGAUCUUCAGAGAAACAUGCUAUCAGGCACAAUACCUGACUGCUGGAGUUCUGAACAAGUGUAUACUAUCAAUUUGUCCUCGAAUAAUCUUUCAGGGCUCAUUCCCAAGUCCAUAGGACUACUUCCUAACUUAUUAUUUUUGAAUUUGAACAACAAUUCACUUGAAGGGAAAAUUCCUAAGACUUUCAACAAAUCUAGAGGAUUGAUAAUUCUAGAUCUUGGUGAAAAUAAGCUAUCAGGGGACAUACCAAAAUUCAGUGCAAAAAGCCACCCGAAUCUGCAGAUUCUCAGGUUACGAGGAAAUCAACUUGUUGGGGUUCUUCCUGUGCAACUUUGCUCACUUCCUUGGCUUCAAAUCCUGGACCUUGCAAGCAACAAUCUGACCGGGGACAUUCCUCAAUGUUUUGGCAACUUAAACGGCAUGGUGUUGCUUCCCACAACUCGUAAUUCAAGUGCAUCAUCACCUACAUUUCCCAUUGAACAAACUACCAUGGAGGUGUUGAAAGGGAAAGAGCUACAAUACACCACCAAUCUUAAGUUUGUAGUGAACUUGGACCUUUCGUGCAACGGUUUAGUAGGCUCAAUCCCUGAGGAGCUUACUAAUUUAGCAGGACUUGUUGGCUUCAACUUGUCGAACAAUCAUCUAACAGGAAUUAUACCUCAGAAGAUUGGUAAUAUGAAAUCAUUAGAGUCCCUUGACCUGUCUAACAAUAUGCUUUCAGGGACAAUUCCUCCAAGCAUAUCCGCGUUGAAUUUCUUGAGCCAUUUAAACUUGUCGUACAACAAGCUUCACGGAACAAUCCCAACAGGAAACCAACUCCAAACUCUUGAUGACCCAUCAUUGAUAUAUGCAGGCAAUCCGGGUUUAUGUGGAGAUGCAUUGCCGAAAAAAUGCAAAAUCAAACAAGGUGUUCAACAAGGAUCAAACCAUGCUCAAGAGGAGGAUGAUGACCAUGAAGAGGUGGAAUUCUAUGUCGUCAUAUUUCUCGGUUUUGCUACGGGGUUUUGGGGAAUGGUUGGAAGUUUAGUGCUCAUGCCGGGGUGGAGACACGUUGUGUUCCGGCGUGUUGAAAAUAUCCUGAAUUUCUUGUGCGCUAAGUUGUGUUAAAGAUCAACAGAUUCAGAAAUUUAUGAUGAGUUAGGUGUAAGCUGAUACACAUCAGUCAAAGAUCAUUACUGAGAUACUAGUAUAUCAAAUGUAGUAUGAAUAAGUUUACACUAAAUUUGUUAGUUUGUUACCAGAAGUUGGUAACUAUAUAUUGUAAUAUUAUAUCGAUCUCAUAUGAUGUCAAACUUUUUCAGCAAUUUUACUUUUGACUUGACUUUUGAUGUAUACCAAAGCACAAUUUCAUGCGUUAAAAUCAUUAUAUACUGUAAUAUUUAACUUUCAGUAAAUAUUACUCCCUUUGUUUUUUUUUUUUUUUAAAUGUUAAGAGUUGUGAAUGCAGAGUUAUAUGAGGUUUUACAAUUAAAAAGAGUGAAUUUUCUACAGCAUUAAGAAAAGGUAGAAAAGGUAGUAUGUAUCUUCGGAGGUGGUUUCUGAGGUAGCUCCGUAGCUACACAUUAAUACACAUUAAAUCGUAGGUAACAUUUAACGGGUCGUAAAAGUAAAACUAAAUAUAAGGUUGAGUAGAAUUGAUAACAUUAAUGGGAUGAGGUUUGUACAAGGAAUAAGGUAAAAGGUAGUAUACUAGUUUUAGUAUAAAAGAGAUAAGAACGAUAGAUUAUUAGAAGCUACACCUUGUUCUCACCUUCAAUCCAAACAUGCCC